UCUCUUUCCCAGCCAUCCCCUUCCUUUCUUUGUCUGUCUGCUGGAGGGGGAACAAACAGGGUGGAAGCGAGAGACAGUGUGUGUGAGUGCGUGUGAGAGACAGACAGCAAGUGAGUGAGACAGAAAGAGAGAGUGAGGGGAGGGGGAGAGGGGGACUAGUGUGCAGGAAGAAAGGAAAGAAAGAAAGAAUGAAGGAACUGCAGUCAUCUGUGUGACACCUUCUGUCUGUCAGAAACUGGAAGUAAAGUCAGGUGCUGUUGUUGUGGUGUCACACUUCUGCACUGGAGGGAUUCCCACACACACUAGUGUGGCUGGAUGUAUCACACAGAGCACCAGUAUUCUGGCCGGUACUCAUGGGACUCCUUCCCCUCUGGCGGUUCCAGCAGGGCUUCAUGGGCUCCCGGCUCCAGCCGGCACUUGCCCCCGCCAUCCAGGGGCAACGGUGGAGGGUACCAGUCAACCCUGAGCCAUGGUUCAGGAAGAAACUAUCACAAAGUGUAUAACAGCAGACUUGGGGAGUUUAGCAGGCACAGAGUUUAUGAUCACCCCAGAGAAAGAGGGCCAAACAGUAGAGAUCGGAUCGCAUCGUGGUCUUGGGGAUCGAACCAUCACCAGAACCCUGAUCGGUCCGUGCUGAACGGAUACAGCUCAGGAUGUGGAGGACAUGUUCCCAAUAAUCAGCCUCCAAGGUAUGGAGGCCCUCACCAGCAUCAUCGGACCCUGAUGACAGGAAGGUGGAGUCCGGUGGCUUCGUCCAGAUCCUAUCAAAGUCCCUCACUUAAACGCCCACCCCCCCGAAACCCCUCACCAUCAAGAGACGACUGUCUCAGCAAGAGGAGCAAAAGUGACAACUCGCACCAGGCUCUUCCUUCAAAGAUUAAGCACCCCAUGCCUAUGAAUCACCCUCCCUUGUCUCAUCUCCCCCGCACCUGUAGCCCCCCGUACCGCAGUGACACCCAGUGGAGUCAGUCAAAUAAGAGACAGUCUGCUUCAGGCUUUCAGGAGUCGAGUCAUUCCAGUAGCAGAGAUCAACUUCACAGGAACCAUCCGGUGCUCUCAUCAACCCUCAACGGCCCUGGCCAAGAUUUUCACAGCUCAAAAUCCCUGAAACUUGGCCACCUCCACGCUUACAGUCACCAAAUCCAUGAUCACCUGGGACCCCAUGGAUCCAAAGGGGACUGGGAGCGUUCUAUUCCGCCCUCACCAGCAAACCUUACCAGAGUGCCUUAUAGCCCCCAGCACCAGCCUCCAGUGGGCCCACACAGGCACCCAGUACCUCAUGCCAGCCGUGGUUCACCCACACCAGCCUGGAAGGACAAGCAGAGCAGUGAAACCAGGGGCUCUGGUCUAGGGCCUGAUGAGCGGCAGCAACUGCAAGGGAUGAAAGAAGGAGGGAGAUAUCACAGCACCCCAAAACACAUCCAAGUCCAUUGCAGCCCUGAAGGUAGAAGUGUUCGACAUGGCACCACGUGCGGGAGGGCAAGCCUGUCCCCGAGCCCCGAACCUGGGUCCGGCUCUCAGAGGCUAGAGGGGCAGAAAAUUCGGGGUUCGAAACACAGAGCUGCACUGACUUACACCAAGCCCAGCUACUCCAACCACAGUGGCCAGGAGAGCCAAACGCGUCUGUCGGAUACAGAUACGUUAAAGCACGUUGAGACUAAGAAGCGACACAGAGAGCGAGAGAAAAGACAAGAGAGGAAAGGAAAGGAGGGGGCGGACGAACGAAAGGCAAGGAUAUUACGAAAACUUGAGGCAAAGAAAAAGAAAAAAGAGAGGCAAGAGAAAAGAAGCCACCGGGAAAGGAAAGGAAGCCAUAGAAAAGGCGAGUUAGGGGGACAGUCUGAGAGGAAAACUAAAGACGAGAGGAAAAGAGCGAGGAAAGCAGAGAGAAAGCAAGGGGAGAAGGACCAUUUAAGAAGAGAAAUAUCUUCCAACACUCCUUCUUGCGAUUCACCGAGUCAAAGCAAAGACUCCGACGUCCCUGAGGAUCAGCCAGUGGCAGCUUUUUCGGAAACGUCACUGUGUGUUCCCAAAUACACAAAACAUGAAGAAGAGGAAGAGUUGAACUGUGACACCGACUCUUCACACACCUCAGGGUUCAUUUUGCCCUCCACCCCACCUCUAACGAAUCAGAACCAUCCGCUUCAGAGCCAAUCAAAUGACAAUGCCGAUAAUGUAACCUCAGAAAGUGACAACAGCUUUCCAUCCUGUGAGCCUACACCUACAAACACCAGCAGUUUUAGGUCUCAAAACAAACAGCUUGACCAGGUGGACAUUACAUCUGAACCCACUGCUAGCAGUGAGCAGGAGUUGCCAGUGUUAGAUUACUCCAAUUGUUUCGAGGAAAAAGUUCCUCAAGCUGAGGAGAAGAACCAACACGCUCCAGAUCUUCUACCUGCCCACAGUAAUUCUAUGGAGGACCAUCUGCGACUGGAUCCCUCAGCUAGUCCCCCAGUACUGAGCUGGCAAGGCUCUCCUGUUUCAGAUCUCAGCGAGGAAGAGGAGGAUGAAGCAGGAGCCAACAUAGCAGGCGUGAUCAGGAGACCAGUCCUCCAGCCAAGCCCAACUCAUUCAUCUCCAAUCCGAGACCCAGAGGAAAUCUGGAAAGAUCCAGGUCAACCCUCUGGUGUGGACUACUGCCACAGCGACCUGGCCAAACUGUAUGGCUUUGCUGAGCCUUUGAAUGAUGUGGAGGAAGAAGAAGACACAGAACCCAUGGCAGAGCAGCAGGACAGUAGCACAACAACCUCUCAGGGACCGCAUCUGCAUGACACUGACUGUACCUUGGCCUCAAACAGCCAUAAGUACACCUACAGAGGUGGCCCCUUUUGUCGGCCCCCUCCUAACACGGUGACCGGGGUCAAAUACGCGUCCUCUCUUUCACUGGGACCAGAGAUACACUCUCCAGAACAGCACAGUCCAUCUUCUACAUCCCCAAGAGCCGUGUCUCCACUCGCCAUGCCCUUGACCAGCCUUUCCCCUUCCAUAUCUACCUCAAAUCAUCUAAAGCCUGAUGAAAACAUGCAGGCAAAUAAAGAGGAAAAAGAGGACAGCAUUGUUCAGAACGACGGUGAUGACAAAGCUAUAAAAGAACAAAGCUGUACCUCUCUGGUGAAGGAGAACGAGGCCAAGGUGUUGCCACCCACCAUGUCACCCGCUACCCUGCAGGCUAAACUGGUACACAGCUGUGAGAUGCUACUGAACCAGAGCACCAGUACCCUCCCUGGAAAGGAAAAAACUAAAACCAAGCUGGAGAAGAAGAAGCAAGGGCAAAGUAGGGACAGAAAGAGAGAGCAGGAGAAGAAUCAAAAAACAAAAGCCGGAGGCAACGGUACGACGGAAGAGACGAGCGUCAGAGAGGAAAACGUGCGGCGUAAAAAAAAGCAGAGCAGAAACACCAAAAGUGAAAAACAACAUUGCUCAUCUAAUGGUGAACCCUCGAAGCAGCUCGCCAAGGUCCACAACAAACAAGAGGUAACGGAGAGGAAACUAACCGAGACCGAGAAGAAGCAAAGAAAAGGGAAUAAGGAGAGAGCCAAAGUUAAACAGGAAAACAAGGACGGAGACGCAGGAUGGACGAAAUCAACCACCAGCAGAAGUGGAUCCGGUACAGCUCCGGCUGUUCGGGUUUUGUCCUCCGUGCCGCUGAAGGAGCUCAAGAUUCAGCUGGUGAAACUCAAGAUCGCUGGGAGGCAAACGUUCGUCGCCUCAGAUUUUGAGCAGAAGAGAAUCCCGCUGGAAGAAAUUAGCAUCAACAACAGUGCAGCAGAGAUCAUUAGAGCCUGCAGAGAUACGAAGGUGAAGGGUCAUUUCCGUGAGUCCUACCUGCUCGCGUCUCUGUCUGUGAAGCCUGUGCUGAAAGUCGAGACUCAGAUUCCCAGAGAGAAGCUCAACCCGCCCACGCCAAGCAUCUACCUGGAGAGUAAAAGAGAUGCGUUUUCUCCGGUGCUACUCCAGUUCUGUACAGAUCCCAAAAACCCGGUAACUGUUAUCCGAGGCCUGGCAGGAUCACUCCGACUCAACCUGGGGUUGUUCUCCACUAAGUCUCUGGUGGAAGCGAAUGCUGAGCACGCCGUGGAAGUGAGGACGCAGGUACAGCAGCCGGCUGACGAGAACUGGAACACGACCGGCUCGGCUCAGACUUGGCCAUGUGAGAGCAGCCGAUCUCACACCACCAUCUCAAAGUACGCUCAGUACCAGGCCUCCAGCUUCCAGGAGAGCCUACAGGAAGAGAAGGACAGUGAGGAUGAAGAUGAAGGUGAGAGAAAACCAGAACCACAAUCUGAGACUCCAUCCAGCAGCCUGCCCUGCACACUGAGCUCGGAGCAGAAGUCCGCCGGCAAAAUCAUCAAGUUUGGUACCAACAUCGACCUUUCUGACCCAAAGAGGUGGAAGUUGCAGCUGCAGGAGUUGUUGAAGUUGCCCGUGUUCAUGCGCGUCUCCUCCACGGAGAACAUGCUGAGCCACGUGGGACACACCAUCCUCGGGAUGAACACUGUUCAGCUGUACAUGAAGGUCCCAGGCAGCCGCACACCAGGACACCAGGAGAACAACAACUUCUGCUCGGUGAACAUUAACAUCGGGCCUGGAGACUGUGAGUGGUUUGCUGUACACGAGCACUACUGGGAGGCCAUCAGUCACUUCUGUGAGACAAACGGAGUGGACUACCUGACGGGUUCGUGGUGGCCGGUUCUGGAGGAUCUGUAUCGCUCCAACAUCCCCGUGUACCGUUUCAUCCAGCGUCCUGGAGAUUUAGUGUGGAUUAACGCGGGAACCGUGCACUGGGUUCAGGCCGUCGGCUGGUGCAACAACAUCGCCUGGAACGUCGGGCCGCUGAACUCCUAUCAGUAUCAGCUGGCUCUGGAGCGCUUCGAGUGGAACGAGGUGAAAAAAGUCAAAUCGAUCGUUCCUAUGAUUCACGUCUCCUGGAACGUCGCCCGUACAAUCAAGAUCAGCGACCCGAGCACUUACAAAAUGAUCAGACAUUGCCUCCUUCAGUCCAUGAAACACAUCCAGAUCCUGAGAGAGCAGCUCAUAGCAGAAGAGAAGAAGAUUUGUUAUCAGAGCCGGAUGAAGGACGAGCCGGCCUACUACUGCAACGAGUGUGACGUGGAGGUGUUUAACCUGCUCUUCGUCACUAGUGAGAGCAGCAAUAGGAAGACCUACGUGGUGCACUGUGAGGACUGCGCUCGCCGGAGGAGCUCCUGCCUCUCUGGUGUUGUGGUGCUCGAACAGUACAGAGUAGAAGAGCUGAUGAACACCUACGAUAACUUCAACCUGGCUUCUGUUCCGUGUUCGAAAUGAUCGCAAGGUGUUUGAUGUCACACAGCCAUGACCAAAUCUCCUGUCUGCUCGUCAGCAGCGGUGCCAACGUUCAGUUCUCUGCUUUAUUUUUUAGCAUUAAUUUUAUUGUUGUUAUUUUUUUUUUUUACUCCAAACCACUACUGCGGACUCUCCGAUCCACAAGCUGUUUACUCGACACUGUUUACAGAACCACAUCAGCAGGUGCUUCACCGACUCGCUCGUCUUCCCCCUUCACCAGCUACUGGAGUCACGAUGCUGUUACGACGCUGUUACGAUGCAUUAUAAUGCGCUCUGAGGUUAGAGACCGGCCGGAGACCUGCCACGUACAGACACACCGGUACACUGGACCUGAGCAAGUCAUAGGAACUGUGUUCGAUUUUUUUUUUUUUUUUAAAUAAAUGAAGCUCAUUCACACACACACACACACACACACUCACUCUCUCUCUCUCUCUCUCUCUCUCUCUCUCUCUCUCUCUCUCAUUCACUCUCUCUCUCUCACUCUCUCUCUCUCACACAAAGCAAAACAAACUGCUGUGACCGUUCACAAUCGCCGAAACGUGUGAACUCAUUCAGGUACUAUUGUAGUUUACAUUUAUGCAAAUGUCUCAGUUUAUUUAUUCAGCGUCUCUGGUGCUUUUAUACGACACAAUAUAACAGCAGGGGAAGGAGCUACACACACACACACACACACACACACACACACACACACAGGCAUUACGAGAGGUUGUUGCUACAAUCAUAUUGACGUGAACACAUUUACUACAACGCUAAACUUUCUAAAUGCUGUUUGCAUACUGAUCUGGGUGCUAUUAUUUUUACUUUCAUUUUUUUUUUUUAAAAGGUUUUCAAAAAAAAGGAAAAAAAAACUUUAACACCAUUUUGGCCUUGUGACAGAUUUUAAAAAGGCAAAAAAUAACAAAAAAAAAAACAAAAAAAAUAGAAAACAUUAAUGCAAUAUGAAUCAUUUUUACAACAAUAUUGCAUUUUUUUUCUCAGAGCAUUAACAAUUUUCACAAAUAUUAAAAACAAAAAAAACAAACAACAACAAUACGGGUUCAAAUCUUAUUUGCAUUUGUCCAGAAAACCUUGUGAGUGUUUAGUGAUCUUUUUUUUUUUUAGUAUUAUUGAUUUUUUUUUAUUUUUAAAUAAUAUCGAUGAUUCCUGUUGGGUUUUUUGUUUUUUUGUUUUUUUUUUCUGCGAUUUAUUUUUGAAGAAUUGAAUUUGUGUUCAUUAUUUUUUGUGUGUGUGUGUGAUUUUAUUUAUUCGACUUCUCCGAGUGUAUUUAUUAAGACAUACGUGGUGCUCCUCUUUACGAGGGAAGUCCAGAUAUUUUGUAAAUUUUCAAGAAUUAACCCUUUCAGAACCAUUUAUAGGCACAUCGUCAGUUGGGAGUUUCUGGGUUUGAUCGGGUCGUCAUGGCGACGAGGGUCUGAAGGGGUUAAUCGUGCUGAUUUCUGAGGUGGUGCUGAAGCUGAGACGGAGGACGUUUAAUUCGUGAUGGUGCUUGAUCCCCCUUGGCUCGGCGUCCCUCGGCGUGUAUAUGAUCUAGAGAAUUACAUAUGAAUAUUAACGAUAUUAAUCUCACAGCUUGGUGCUUAGAACAAAGUCUGUACAACCUGAAUGUCUUUGUACUGUAUCAGAUUCAAGAGUUUGUUUUUACCUUUUUACCCCCCCCCCUCCCCGUUCCACGAAACAAAGCGAUACGAGACGUCGUGCCGCGCGUUGACGACGACGCCGACGACGAUCGCGAUCGUUCUUCUUAACGAUGUUUUAAACGAUGAUGUUUCUCUUGCAGAUUUCCAGAAGACCGGUUGGUUUCUUUCUCUCCACUCGUCUCUUUUACUCUUUAUGAUUUAUGAUUUUAUUGUAAAAGGUAAAAAAAAAGAAAGAAAGAAAGAAAGAAACAGAAAAAGAAGAAAAAACCAUCAGACCUGUCUUAAACACCUGUGUGAUUUUGUGUGUCAUAAUUGAUAUAAUAAUAAUUAUACCUAUGACUGAAAAAAAAAAAAAAAGAAAUAAAAAACGUUUUCAUAAA